AUGUUCGCUCGGAGGACGUUGCUCGGGGCUGCAGCGUGUGCGUCCGCGCUGCUGGUCGAUGGCGUCCAGGCGUUGGUCAAGGGCCACGACUUAUCUUCCGUCGCGGUCAUGGAGAAGGAGCAGGGGACGGUUUGGUACAACACGGCGGGCAAGCAGGCCGCGAUCGAAGACAUCCUCGGAGCUGGCGGCAUGGACAGCGUGCGCCUGCGUAUUUGGACUGGGGAGGAGUACGCGUUGAACUACACGCUGCCGCUGGCUCAGCGCUUCUCGAAGGCCGGCUACAAGAUUUUCCUGGACAUGCACUUCUCGGACACGUGGGCUCAGCCUAGCGACCAGCAGACUCCGUCAGCUUGGGACGCCUCGUCCGUGGACACUCUGGCGAAGGCGUGCAGGGAACACGUCAGCUCGACGUUGAAGGCGUUCACGGAGGGCGGCGUGGAGCUCGACAUCUUGUCGAUUGGCAACGAGAUCACGAACGGGUUCCUCUACCCGACGGGCAAGAUCGGCAAGGACUUUGGCCCCUUCGCCAAGCUCUGGAAGGCUGCGCGCGACGGCGUCUCCGAUGCUGUGGCCGCUGGAACGAAGCAGCCCAAGAUCAUGAUUCACUUGGACAACGGCUGGGAGUCGGAGGUCGUGUCGUGGUUCUUCAAAGGGCUUUUCGCUGAAGGAACGGUCACUACCGACGACGUGGACGUGUUCGGGUUCUCGUACUACCCGUACUACAAUGUGAACGCGACGCUCAAGGCGCUCACCGAGUCGCUCACUCAAAUGGCCAACACCUACAAGAAGCCGAUCUACGUCGCGGAGACGGACUGGCCCACGAACUGCACGACCGUCACGCUGAGUGAGAAGUUCGCGGUUAGUGCGCGCGGCCAGCGUGAGUGGGUCAUGGCCAUCAUGGACGUGCUGGAAGGCUUGCCGAAUGGGCUGGGGGCUGGCAUUUUCUACUGGGAACCAGGCUACAUCUCGGUGCCGGGAUUGGGCAGUGCGUGCGGGUCGAACCUGCUCUUCAGUGUCAACUGGGACAACUGGCCGGACACGUACGCAAAGGCACUUUCGUCCGUCUACAUGUUCGCAGAGGAGGGAUCUGGCCAAGGAAGCAAUGCUCAGCAAUCGCAGAGCACACCGACUGCUACUCCUGGUGCUACUCCAGCCCCGCAGACACAGACUGACUCCUCUCAACAGAAGCAGAUUAACUUCUCACAAUUGAACCAGAGUAGCAGCGGGUCCAGUCGACAGAGCGAUGGAAGCUCCACUCCACAAACUGCGGAGAACCCCGUCCAGCAAACGGAGGAUGAUAGCGUCGUGCAGCAACAGUAA